GGGCGGCGGGCGAAGAGGGGCAGGUCAGGACGCCGACCGGCCGGUCAGUACGGCCCACGCGCACUGCGCAGUGCACCGCGAGGACGCGAGCAUGCUGCUGUCCAGGACGCCGCCGAUGGGGCUGCUGCUCGCGGUGCUCGCGGCCCUCGCCGCCGGGCACGCCGCCCUGGCCGGCUGCGGUGACUGGGAGCCCAUCGCCUCGCCGUCGACGUCGUCCUCUUUCGCCGCCGCCGUCGCCCCCAGGAACCUCCACAACAACGGCUCCCUGGACGCCCUGCUCCAGCACGCCAUCGCCUCGGAUUGCCCGAGCUCGGAGGCGGUGCUGCGCGGCGCCGUGGUCCGCCUGCGUUCUGGCGGGGGCGGCCAGUGCUCGUGGCAGCUGCAGUCCGCGCGCGGCCGCCCCGUGUGCCGCCUGCAGGUGACGCUGCUGGCCCUGCGGCUGCCGUGCGGCCAGGGCGCGCUCAGGGUGGGCGGCGAGCUGCUGUGCGGCGGACACCUGGGAUCGAGGACCGUCAGCCUGCCCGCGCCCUCCAGGAGCGUCCCCGUCCUCUACACAUCCGUGGCGCCCUCGGCGGACGACUUCGACGCGCUGGUUCGUCUCGAGGAGUGCGAGGAGGCCGAGGGCGCGGCCGAGGCCAGGGCCGUGUCGGACCGCGACUGCGGCGGCCUCUACCCGGCGACCCCCGGCGAGGCCGUGGGGCUGCUGAGCCCCGGCUACCCGGCGCGCUACCCGCACAACAAGCACUGCCUGUUCGUGCUGCGGCAGCGGGAGCAGCAGAGGCCGGCCUGCUUCGUGGACGUCGAGUUCGUCGACUUCAACCUGGCGUCCCCAACGCGCGGCUGCGCGUCCGGGGACAGGCUCCUCGUGGAGGGCGUGGACUUGGACGGGGCGGAGGCCGCGUUCUGCGGGUCUCGCUCCGGCACGACGAGGCUCCCCCUCCGCCAGGACGCCCAGAAGGACGGCGGCGGCGGGGCCACCCUGCGCUUCCUGUCCGACGGCGAGUCCUCGGCCACCGGCUUCCGCGUGCUCGCCACCUUGGUACCGUGUGCCGCCGCCGGCGUCGUCCACGACGUCGCCGUGGAGGGGGAUGGCGUCGGCAACAGGAGCGCGUCGCUGGGCGUGCCAGGCUUCCCGUCACCGGGCUUCCCAUCACCGGGCUUCCCUUAUCCGGCUGCCCAGCCUCCACAGUGCUGUGGCCGCGUCCACGCCGGCGUGCAGCUGUUCAUCACGAGCCCCGGCUUCCCCACGGGGCUCGGCCUCGCGGACUGCGUGUUCCCCGUGGCGCGCUGGUCGCCGCAGACGUGCCGCGUGCGGCUCGUGCUGCACCACUUCCUGCUGCUCGGCUCGCUCGCCGCCUGCGACAAGCACUUCCUCGAGGUGGACGGCCGUCGCCUGUGCGGCUGCCAGAGCCGCGCCCAGUUCGUGUCGUACUUCCGGGUCGACGAGGCCGUCAAGCAGUUCCGGUACUUCCGCCACCCUCUCGUCACCGGCGCCUUCAUGGUGGAGGUGAUCCAGGAGGACUGUUCCGGCCCUUUCGGCGCCAUGGGCGGGCCGCCGUUCAGAGGUGGCUGGCCGGCCAGAAGCACUGACGGACGUGCAACUUGGAGCGUAGGUAAUGUGACGUCGGACAUCAAGAGGUGGGGACAAGUCCGGUUCCCAGAAGCGGGGAGCCACUCCGGGCUGACGAAAACUCUACCGAAAGGGUCCGGCGACUGGGGUUCGGAGUACCCCCAGCAAGGCCCUCAGUACCCUCAGCAAGGGCCCCAGGACUUCCUACCGGGUGCACAGUACCCUCAGCAAGGGCCCCAGGGCUUCCUCCCGGGCGCACAGUACCCCCAGCAAGGCCCUCAGUACCCUCAGGAAGGACCCCAGGACUUCCUACCGGGCGCACAGUACCCUCAGCAAGGGCCCCAGGACUUCCUACCGGGCGCACAAUAUCCUCAGGAAGGGCCCCAGGACUUCCUGCCGGGCGCACAAUACCCUCAGCAAGGUCCCCAGUACCCUCAGCAAGGCCCUCAGUACCCCCAGCCGGGCUCCCAGUAUCCUACCCAGCCAAGUGACCAGGGCCCACACGCGACCCCCGAAGACGGAGUGGACUCUAGCUGCUGCUUCGACGCCGACCUCCCGCAGUCCCUCGACGCCGGCCGGAGCGCCGCCCUCGGGGUGCUGCCGACGUGCGGCGCGCCCUCCUACAAGGACUGGAUGGCCAGGGCUGCGGCCUGGGCGCAGACCGUGCCGUCGGCGCUGGUGCAGUGCCCCGUCGGCAUCUUCCCGCUCGCCAAGUGCCGCAAGCUGGAAGGGCUAAAUGGGUUCUUCGCCACGCCGCGGUACCCCGACCUGUAUCCCAACAACGCGCGCAUCUGCUACCGGAUCUUGCGCUACCCGGAGCAGUGCGGCGUGCAGAUGACGUUCCUCGACUUCGACCUGGAGCCGUCGCCGGCCUGCAACAAGGACUACGUUAGCCUGGGUGGGUCCUCUCGGUACUGCGGUUCUACCCUUCUAUCUACUACACUAUACCUCAGCUUCGAGUCCAGCCUCUACAUCGACAUUCUCUUCGUGACGGACGACGCAGUCUCGGCGAGGGGCUUCCGCGCCUCGUUCCGUCAGGUCGCCUGCGGAGCCCCCGGGGUGAUCGGCGGCCAAGGCCCCGGCCCGUUCCCGAGCAGCAUCCCCGGGCCCGUCCAGGGGGGCGUCUCCGACGUCGUGCCUCUCUACCCGGGAGGCCUCCCCGGGGGUGUACCAGGUGCACCGGCCAUCAUGCCUGGAUUCUUCCCUGGUGAUUUUCCAGGGCGUACACCUGGGGUCGUUCCAAGCAUCUUCCCGGGAGCGAUCCCGGGCGGCGUCCCCGGAGGACCCCCUAUAGGUGUUCCAGCCAUCGGUGCCGGGGCCUACCCGGGUGGCUUCCCGACGAUAGGUUACCCCGGGCCGGUCCCCGGCGCGUACCCCGAGUACGGCCCACCCUAUCGGCCGCGGCCCGUUCCCGUCUCGGAGGAGGGCCCCUACCAGGCGUCGGGUCAGCCGGAGCGGCCGCCCGUCCUGCCGGACUACCCGCGGUACCCGGAGCCGACGACGCCGGCCCCGGCCCCGCCGCUGCCACCACCGAGGACGCCCCCGCCGCCCGUCACGGUGUGCGGCGGCGACGUGCGGCAGCAGCAGUUCGCCCUCAGCCUGCGCGACGUGUUCUCCCAUCCCGAGUGUGUCUUCACCGUGAGGCGGGUCAGCCAGGACAUCUGUGGUCUCCAGGUGCGAGUGGAGAGGAUGGGGCUGGACUGCCAGCGAGAGCACCUCGUCGUCGGCGACCGGACCCUUUGCGGAGCUGAUCUGGUCGGCCAAACAGUGAUGGUGGACUUUUUCGGCGAUGCCGUACAGAUCUUGUAUCAGGGGGAGGCUAGCGCCCAGGGAGACUUUUUUGUCCACCUGCAGCAGGUGGCAGACUGUCUCGAACUGGACGUGACGCCCGUUGCGCGAUUCGGGAAGGCGGCCCCGGACGACGUCGCGACCCCUGCGACGCCGACGGCGUGCGUGGCGGUGCUGGACGCGGCCCACGGCGCGAUCCUGGCGGUCGUUCGUUAUGGGAUUUUCCUUUGGGAUUUUCAGUGA